AUGACGUCGGUAGCAACAGCGGAGGCGCUUGAUAGCAUUCGGAACCGACGGAGUCGGAUCAGCGGUGCGGUGUUGAUCAAUACACCUGACGCAGAAGCGGUGGUCACUACCCCGCUGCAGAGCAACUCCGUCGUGAUCACUGACGCGGUCGUGGUGGGGGACAGUUAUGCGGGGCGUAUCUCAUCAUGCCCGAUGUUUGAGCGUCUGCGUGCCACGGCGAAGAACGACCGAGAGGAGUUUUAUCUGAAGCGGCAGCAGGAGGUGAAGCGUGCGAAGGAGUUGUGCCAGCGCCGCGCCCUCGUCUCGGAGAAUAUUUCGAUGGACGAAUACUACACAACACUCUUCAGACCGUCUCCGCCGGGAAAUGCUGCUGCGGCAACAGCGGCUCUGCCGCUGCAGGUGCCACCGCUGCGUCAACGCGACAUGCUGCUGAAGGACUUGGAGAGUACUUUUGUCGCCUGCUACUACCGCAUGAACCCGGAGGCACUGGAGCGGCGGAAGGAGGAAGACGAAGCGGCAGAGCGGCGGCGCCGCUCGACCCGUGUAGCCUCGGAACGGAUGAGCCGCUCGGAGGGGACGCAGCGGUCACACAGUUUCAGUCCACAGAAAAAGAGCAAGAAACGCAAAGUCAAGAAGGAGCGGCGUGUUGUACCGGUGGAGGGUGCGCCUGCAGUCAACCUCCGCCUCCUCGAGGCGGCGUUGGUUGAUGCAGCUGACAGCAAGGGGCUUCUCACGCGCGAGGCCCUCACCGCAGCCCUCACCCCGAUGCCGUUUGAGGUGCGUGAUGAGGAUGCCCUAGAGUCGUUGUUCUUCAUCGUGCGUGCCCUUUCGACGGCGAGCGAUGCCCUCGACAGCGAGCCGGACCGCCGCCUCGAAGCAUCGUUCAGCACGAGCAUCCCUGUCGUGCGCGCGGCACCGCCCCGCGGUUCGCUGCAGGUGUCAAGCGCGCAGGUGAC